AUGCCGCGACGGAAUCGACGACAGCAACACGACUUUGACUUUGACAUUCACGUGGACCCGUCUUGCAUGAGCGAGCCGACGACAUACGACGAUACCAUGGAGCAGGAGGUGCCGAAGGUGGAGGAUCACGAGGUUGGUGCGGGAGAGGACGCUCUUCGGUACGACGAGGAGGCGCUGGAGACAAGGAAUGCUCUCGAUGCCGACCAGGAGCUGGACAUGGACCAGACCGACGAGGCGAAGGCUGUUUUGGAAGAGCAGCCGGAGGAGCAGGAGGCGUUUGCCACGGAGGACGAGCGACAUGAAGAGACCCUCGCUGACAAGGCUGCCGAGGAGCUCGAGGCAGCUCUCGAAGAGCUUGUCGAUGGCGUUGCUCAACAACCUGUCCAGGAGGCUACGGAGGAGUCUACUCAAGCACCCGACGAGGAUGACGCACAUUCCGAUGCCCACGAUCUUUCAAUCGUGGCCAGCGAGGUCUCGCAGAGCGCACACGACGUCUCCGACGUCCACAGCGAGGCACCCGUUUCCACCGCCGACGACCAGACCGACGACACAGUGACAGUGAAUCAUGCCGAACAUGACGCCGCCUCAGUCACGGACCACGACCAAUCUAUUCUCGGCAGCGAGGCAGACACCAGGGACUCGGUCUCGAGACGCGAGUCCGCCAUGUCAUCGGCUUCCCAUGACAGCGACCGCCGCGCCUCGUACCGCACCGAGGCCCUGAUACACGCUGCUGCCCGCGACAUCGUCCAGCAGCUCGGCCGCCGCGAGAGUGCACCGGCCGCGGACACGGCAGAUAGCAGCUACGUGGCCGGCUCUGAGCCCACGAGCGCUCGUCAGUCGUACGGCGGCGAGUCCACAGUCGAGCAUCACGACAAGGACGACGACCACAACGAGGAAGACGUGGAAGAAGCGGAGGAAGCACCUGAGGCCGGCGACAGCAGCUCCCACCACGAGCACGAGGACGACGUCUUCAGCGACGACAGUCCUCGCAGCUCCAUGGGCUCCAUGUCCGAGGCCGAGCAGACCAAGAUCGAGCAGACACUCUCCCUGCGAAACAUUACGCAGCGAAGCCACUCGCCUCGCAUCUCGGACAUUCCGCCCUCCGACAUGGAUGACCAGGACUUUGUCGCCACUGUCCGCGGCACGCCCCGUCCGCCCUUCCGCUCGCCAUCGUCGGUCAGGGCCAUGCAGAUGUCGUCGCCCCCCGCCUCGGUCUUUGGGCAAACACCACGAUCCAACCGCCGGACUCCCCUGCCAACCGUUUCACGCCUCGGUUCGCCCUCCGUCUCGGCGCAGUACUCGCCCAAAAAGACGCCCCCUCGCUUCAAACGCGCCACCCCGCCCCUCGUCCUGCUGCACGUCACGCUCCUCCCCCUACGCUGGGCUUGGGCAGACGUGCUCGAGGCCGCCGACGCGGGUGACCUGAGCCCCGAAGCCAAGACCCUGCGCGACUCGUGGCGACAGCUGCAGGAACGCACCGGCGAUACCGUUUCGGACCGCGGCAUCCUCCUGCCGCAUCCGCAGAACGACUAUGAAGUGCUCGAAGAGCGCCUGCUCGAGGCACUGGAGCUGCCCCUCCGCCGGCGCGCACGCAUCCUCGAAUGCGGCCACUAUCUUGGGCCGGCCAACGAGAUGACGCUACCGGAGGAGAUGGACAGUGACUGCGGCGACGAGUACGACGAGUACCGGCAGUCAUUUGGCACAAAUAGCAGGCGCUCCACCCGCGAGGGGGCGGACAAGACGCACUGGUGCCGGACGUGCAAGUCGGAGAUUCGCUACGACUCGCUCGGCCAAGGCAGGGUCUUCCGCGUCAAGGUGUAUGCCAGCAACGGCCUCAUGCGCGCCGGCGCGUGGGAGGCGUGCUGGAAGGAGAUGGAGCGCGUCGAUGUCGAGCUGGAGCCCAUUGUUGACGCUGCGCUUAGCGAUGAGCUGGCCGAGCUGGCGGCCGAACAGGAGCGCGCCAUGGAGAUGAGAGUUGCUGUGGCAGUGGAGGACGAUCAGCAUCAGGAGCAGCAGCCCGAGUACGAGGACACCUUUGUUGAGAACCAGGCAGAGGAGCUUGUGCGUGACCCUGAGCCCACGCAUCCCGACGAGGAGGAGCACCGCCAUGUCAACGACGAGGAUGAUGACGGCCAUGGGAGCGAAGAGCAACAACGACCAUGCACCCCUGCCCCUGAGCCACGCAUGCCUCCAGCCCCCCUGUACCAGCACGAGGAGCGGCGCCGCACCGUGGACGAGGAGCGCCUCCGCGAAAUCUACGGCAGCACGCCCCCAGCACACGCCGAAGCCCCCUCGUCACGCCGCGCCAAGGGCGAGUCCGCGUACACAACGCGCGAGACGCCCCCGUCGCCGUCGGUGGGAGCACACGCACGGCGCGAGCACGCGCGGCAGAGGGAGGCAUACCAGGGCGGUGCCGCGACUCUGCCCGAGCUGCUCCUCGAAGCUGUGCGUGUAGCGAUGCGCGACCGCAAGAACGUGGUCAUUGGCCUCCUGAGCGUGCUGAUCCUCCUGCUCGCCGCGAGGGCAGGGGAGAGAGCUCCUCCCCCGGCGGCGACGUUUCAGACGGUGGUGACGGCCCCUGAUGCGCCGUUGGCCAAGGUCGAGGGCCAGAUGGCGGUGGAGUCGGUGAGCGGGCUGACGCUAUCGGAGGAGGACAUCGUGGCGGCGGCGAGUGUGACUGCCUCGGCCAUGACGGAGGGCGAGUCUGCUGCGGCCUACACGACCACGGCGGAGCAAGCGAGCCAGGCUUCUGACCCGUGCUCCUUGUCCGUUGGUGAUGCUUCCACGAGCAUUGUUCGUGUUGUCGAGACGGUUACCGAGACUAUCCGCGAGACGGUGCUGGAGACGGCCACGGUCGCUUCGCCAGCCCCUGUCGCCACGCAGGAGACUGUCGCCUCGGCCGACCCGGUAGCGACACAGGAAGCCGAGCUUCUCCUCCAGCAGAAGAUGGAGCUGCCUAGGUCCAACGAUACCACCGAAGUCACGCCUGAGGAAAAGUCCGAGGAGGCUGUGGCGCUGCUGAGCGACGACGAUGAUGCCGCCGCCGCGUAA